GGGAUAUAAUUUUCAAUGCUCAUUAUCCUGACCUGCCACCAGAUUUUAUCUUCGGUGAGGAUGCUGAAUUUUUGCCAGAUCCUUCUGCCUUGCAUAAUUUAGCUUCUUGGAAUCCUUCAAACCCUGAAUGCCUCCUGCUUGUUGUGAAAGAGCUUGUGCAGCAGUAUCACCAGUUUCAGUGCAGUCGAUUACGUGAGAGCUCUCGUCUCAUGUUUGAAUAUCAGACUUUACUUGAAGAGCCCCAGUAUGGAGAAAACAUGGAAAUCUAUGCUGGCAAAAAGAACAACUGGACUGGAGAAUUCUCAGCUCGCUUCCUCUUGAAGUUACCUGUAGAUUUCAGCAAUAUUCCUACAUACCUUCUCAAGGAUGUGAAUGAAGAUCCUGGAGAAGAUGUUGCGCUUCUCUCCGUUAGUUUUGAGGAUGCAGAAGCUACUCAGGUUUUUCCUAAGCUGUAUCUCUCCCCACGUAUUGAACAUGCGCUUGGUGGAUCAUCUGCCCUUCACAUCCCAGCCUUUCCUGGUGGAGGUUGUCUUAUCGACUAUGUACCCCAAGUAUGCCAGCUGCUAACAAACAAGGUACAGUAUGUUAUUCAGGGAUACCAUAAGAGAAGAGAGUAUAUCGCGGCUUUCCUGAGUCACUUUGGAACUGGUGUGGUGGAAUAUGAUGCAGAAGGCUUCACAAAGCUUACUCUGUUGCUGAUGUGGAAAGAUUUUUGCUUCCUUGUUCACAUUGACCUACCCCUCUACUUUCCUCGAGACCAACCAACCCUAACAUUUCAGUCCGUCUACCACUUCACUAACAGUGGCCAGCUGUACUCCCAGGCCCAGAAGAAUUACCCUUACAGCCCCCGCUGGGAUGGCAAUGAAAUGGCCAAGAGAGCAAACAAAACAGAUUCUACCUGAAUGGAGAAAUAUGGGCAAUGGCCUUGCUGCAGUAUUUCAGUUUUGCGAAGUGUAAAAACGUUCAAAUAGCAAGAGAUUUAAGCAGACUGAUUAUCAGUUGUUCAGCCUGUAAAGGCAUCAAACUGCAUAAAUAACAAGGCAUAUUGGGAUGAAUGUUUUGAAUGACAAUCAGAAGAUUAAAUUAAAUUAAAUUAGCAAAGAUGCGUAAAUAAGGGUCGAAUUAAAAUAGUUCAGGCUGAGUAAAUCAAAUG